AUGACGCUCCCCGGGUCUGUUCUGCAUUGGUUUCGCCGCGACCUCCGCACGGCUGACAACCGUGCCCUCAAUCGAGCCAUAUCGCUAGCAAAGAAGUCCAACCUUCCCUUGAUACCUGUAUUCUUCCUUGAUCCUGAGUACCACAAUCCUACCGCCUGCGGUCCUUUACGCAUGCGUUUCAUCCUGGAAUCUAUCUCCGCCCUGCAAAGAUCUCUUGACGACAAGUGCAGCUCGCGUCUUCGCGUCAUUUGCGCCAGACCAACCGACGUCUUCCCAGAUCUCGUCCGAAGAUGGGGCGUGAAACACCUUGUUUUUGAAUACGAAUAUGCGCCUUCGGAACGCGCGCGCGAUGAGGCCGUCGUGGCAGAUGUCGAAGGAUUUGAUGUGGAUGUCGUCCGAGAACAUGGUUUCACGCUGUACAACCCCAACGUCCUUCUUCAGAAAGCCAAGGGGGCCACAGCCCCAACCACGAUGUCCAGCUUUUUGAGUCUUGUGGAUGACGUCGGAGAUCCUGAAAAUCCUGUUGAGUUUGCAGAUGGACGGCAAGUUGAGCUAACUUCGUGCCCUGAUGCUACUUUAAAGGAUGACGAUAAGGACGGUUAUCUUCUUGUCCCGAAGCUCGGCGACAUUGGUUAUGAGGAUUGUACAAAACAAACAGGUUGGGAGCGCUUUAGGGGUGGUGAGGAAGAGGGUAUCGCACGCAUGGACGAAUUCUUAUCUCGAGAAGGUGGUAAAGUUGCAGCACGUUUUGCAAAGCCUAAAACCAGCCCUGCGGCAUUUGUGAAAAGGGAGACCACUGUACUCUCUCCUUACCUUGCUCUCGGAUGUGUAAGUUCGCGUGUAUUUCAUGCUCGCCUACGUGACCUAGAAGAAAAUCAUGAUGUAGCUGAGAUGCCCCAGACAAGAUUAUGGGGUCAGCUGAUGUGGCGGGAGCAUUUCUGGCUGCUCGCUGGCAUGGUUCCAGAAUUCCACCGGAUGAACGGGAAUCCUGUUUGUAGGAAGAUUAACUGGCGGACCGGCGACGAAGCAGAACUUCGUCUCAAGACAUGGGCGGAGGCGCGGACCGGUUAUCCGUGGAUUGAUGCACUGAUGAUGCAACUGAAGACAGAAGGAUUCGUGCACCAUCUUGGCCGGCAUAGUCUCGCAUGCUUUCUAACAAGGGGGGAUUUGUGGGUGAGCUGGGAGGAAGGUUACAAAGUGUUUGAGCACUAUCUCGUUGAUUACGACUACGCCUUGAAUAGCGCUAACUGGAUGUGGCUGAGUUGCAGCGCGUUUUUUUCCAUGUACUUUCGAGUAUACUCUCCAGUAGCUUUUGCCAAGAAAUGGGACAAAGAGGGUGCUUUUAUUAAGCAUUAUUUACCCGUUCUUCGCAAGCUCCCCACAAAAUACAUUCACGAACCGUGGAAAGCUCCGGCAAUGGUGCAGAAAAUGGCGGGAUGUGUUAUAGGCAAAGACUACCCGGAACGAAUGGUUGACCACAGCAAGGCAAGCAAAGAGAACAUUGCCAAGAUGAAAGAAAACUACGCAAGAAACGAGUAUGGAGCUGAGAGAGGUGAGCGCCAGCACAUGAAUGGUGAGUCCAGAUCUUCAGAAUCCCGCGAUUCUGGCGAUGGAACGUCUCGAAAAACGAAACGGCGAAAAACACGGCGAUGA